GGCGGGGUCCUUUCUCGCCGCCCGCUCGCCCCAAGGUGCCUGCGGAGCUCGGCGCCGGCCUUGCGGAGGGCGGGGGCGGCGGCGCCUUCCCCGCGGCGCCGGGCACCAUGAUGGUGGGCAAGACCGGCGCCAUCGCCGCGGGCCUCUGCGGGGCCCUCUUCAUCGGCUACUGCAUCUACUUCGACCGCAAGAGGCGGAGCGACCCGAAUUUCAAGAACCGGCUGCGGGAGCGAAGGAAGAAACAGAAGCUUGCCAAAGAGAGAGCAGGGCUUUCCAAGCUGCCUGAUCUGAAAGAUGCUGAAGCUGUUCAGAAGUUUUUUCUUGAGGAGAUCCAGCUUGGGGAGGAACUACUAGCUCAAGGUGAAUAUGAGAAAGGUGUUGAUCACUUGACCAAUGCCAUUGCUGUGUGUGGACAGCCGCAGCAGCUACUACAAGUUCUACAGCAGACUCUUCCACCACCAGUGUUUCAAAUGCUUCUAACUAAGCUCCCUACAAUAAGCCAGAGAAUUGUAAGUGCACAGUGCUUGGCUGAAGAUGAUGUUGAAUGAGGUCACACAACAACAGGGGGAAAAAGUGUUUUCUUACCCCAGAAGAUGAGCAUCAGUAGGGGGAUAAAGGGGCAAACAUAGUAGUUAAUGGACUGUGUACCACAUCGGGUUCUACCAGAGUUAAAAUUAACUUUGUGUAGGUGGGUUUCACAGGAUUUUAUUUAUUAUCCCAGUGAAAAGUGUAUUUUGAUAAAAAUUCAUUUUAUAAAUACACUGUGUUGAGUUAUCAAAGCAUCACUAACUUCAUUAUUAUUAAAAUAUGCAGUUGUAAUGUUGUACAUAUAAAGACGUAAAGCUACAACCUAUUGAAAACCCAAUGCUCAUUUUUUGAAAAAAAAAAGAGAAAAGAAUUAAAGAAAAAAGUUAUGGCAAUAAAGAUUUAUCCACA